GCCAUAACGUUGGAAUUUGAGAAAGUACAUGUUUGUUAUACGUGAUCAUACGAUUAAUUUGUGAUUAAUAUAUUGUUAUAAAAGUGCGUUAUAUGUGUAAAUAAACAUGAGUGAGUGGUAUAGAAUGAAGAAUGGUUUCAACAACAACCAUAAUUCAUCAGAAAUGUCAGUGGAAACAUCUUGUGAAAUGUCAGAUUCGUUUAAUAUAUUUUCCGAUAAUUUGAGCCCCAUACCGGCUUCAAUAGUGCCUAGAAAGUUGGACUUUAGUAGUUUGGAUGACGAUGAGUGUCUUGGGAAUGUUCCAACAGUCCCCGUGUCUCUCAGUCCUCCAUACAAGAGAGUCAAAGCUCUGAAAUUGUUCGAUAGUCCGCACACACCGAAGACGCUUCUAGAGAAAUGUUCGACCCCAUCUCAUCACCCCCCUAGAUCAAGGCUAUUUCCGCCCAAAGUUAACGCGCCGACUGGCAUGCCGUCUGGCUCGAGUCACCACCUCCAUCCACCGUCAGACGAGGACAGUGCACUCGGUAGCUUACCACCCGACGAGUUUGAUGACACUAGGUCUGCGAAGCGGCCGCUGGCCAACAUCAAUCCUUUCACACCUGAUGGACAAGCACUGAACAAGAAGAAGAGAGCGCUGUCAAAGACACCUUCAACAUCGACAUGGGGUGAGGCGACACCUGAACAACCGGCGAAAAGGCUAAGAGAGUCGAACAUAUCGCGCUACAACGUGGAGUUCGUGGAGCUGGAGGUGAUCGGGCGCGGGCAGUUCGGGCGCGUGGCGCGCUGCGUGAACAAGCUGGACGGCUGCGUGUACGCGCUCAAGCGCUCGCUGCGGCCCGUGGCCGGCUCGGCCGCCGAGCGCGCCGCGCUCACCGAGGUGUACGCGCACGCCGCGCUGGGCAAGCACCCGCACCUCGUGCGAUACUACUCCGCCUGGGCAGAAGACGACCACAUGAUAAUACAGAACGAGUACUGCGAUGGAGGCUCGCUUCAACAGUUGAUGGAAGCAGGGCCUCUGCCGGAGAGUGAACUGUUAUUGCUACUGGCUCAUGUCGCUGAUGGUCUUGCCUACAUCCACUCCCAACACCUAGUACACAUGGACCUGAAACCGGGGAAUAUCUUCAUAUGCCGCGGCGAGGGAGAGGCGCAGCCCGACUCUGAUGAUGGCUACGACGACGAUGAACCCUCACCGGAGCCCCAGCACAAGUAUAAGAUAGGUGACCUAGGCCACGUGACGUGUGUAUCAUCCCCAUCUGUAGAAGAGGGAGACUGCAGGUACCUCCCAAAAGAAGUGUUACAAGAGGAUUUCUCUCAUUUGACCAAGGCUGAUAUAUUUGCUUUUGGUCUAACACUAUUCGAAGCGGCCGGAGGCGGUCCGUUGCCGAAGAACGGUCAAGAGUGGCACGACAUCAGGGAAGGCAAGCUGCCCACUUUACCAAACUUAUCAAGAGAGUUUAAUCAAUUAUUAAAGAAAAUGGUGGACCCGGAUCCGAACCAGCGUCCCUCAGCGAUUCGUCUCCGUAGACACCCGUUACUACACCCCGCUGGCAACAAGAGUAAAGCCCAGCUACGUAGAGAGUUAGCAGCGGCAAAGCUUAAGAACGAGCUUUUAUCUCGCAAGCUACAGGAAGCGGCCAGGUGUAUAAAAUCGUUAACACCGAACUUAGUGAAUCAAGAAUCAGCGAAAUUCCGGACAAGAUCAGCGAAAAGGUUGCAAAAGCCACGAGUCGACUCGAACAUUGAUAUGGAAGGUUACGACACGCCGGCAAGAGUGACGGUGGCGAGUGAUUUCGCGAACCGCACCUACCCUCUCUUCAUAACUGCGAGACAGCAAAAAGGUGUCUUCUCCUGGCAGCUGCCCAUGUUGGUCCAGACGAAGGACACUCUAGAACAGUUCACCAAUAUAUCAAGGACCCUGUGCCCGCACAAUAACAUCUUUUCAGAAGACCAGGAUACUUGUGAAAUAACAAAUCUAAACACACCAAUCGUCCACCUGACCUCAUCAUCACCGGACCCCAUAAAAGUGACCAUAGUGGUCGAAACCGUCCAGGAUUUCUACAUAAAAAUGAAUACAGUCACAAACCUCACGAGCACUCCUAGCCAACCCAAAUACUAUUUCUACCCAUUCGACCAGGGCCCUAACGAAAUCGUGGACUUAAACUCCCAAAGUAUCAAAAAGAAGUUUAUUUGCAAUAAGGAGUUGGAUGUCGAGGAGAGGAUUACUCUUGAUAGAUAUCUGCUGAGAAGUAAUUUAAAAACCGAUUAUGGUUGGCUAUCGAAACCCAAAAGCGUGAUAGUCAUGAUUGAGUCAGACGACGAUAUUUGUGCUGUUGUCUCCAUUCAGAAUUUUUCGUGUCCAGUAUUCGACAACGAGCGAGAUAUUUUGUACGAUGGCUACUACUUGACAAUGACAAGACGAGGUGGCAUAACCUUGACGCAAGAUACGUUUCCAUUGGGCUUCUACAUAGUGUUCAUAGUGAAAACUUCAGACGAGGACUGUACCGGCGCGGUCGCGUCUAACCAAACACUACCGAAAAUGGCUCAGUACUUCGGCUGGGAAGACAGUAUUAGCGUUGACACCAACGACGGAAGGGUUAAGAGGUUUAGCUUCAAGAUAAUCCAAACAAUAUCGUACCAAGAGUAUUUCAUAGCGGCGGGGGCAGCGCUUGGAUUCUUUUUAUCUUUUUACGUGGCCUUCGUAAUUGCUGUACUCUGCCAGAGGCCGAGAUGCGUCAGAAAUAGUAAUGAGGAGCAGUUAAUAGCCCCCAGCGUGCCUCACGAUGAAAACACAACCGCUGUCCGACGGCGUCGCGUGCUCAACGAUGCCAGCAGUUCCACUCACACAGUCACCGACCAUGGGGAUGGCAGUUCCUUAUCAGAUACUGAGUCGGAUUUGUCGACUAUCGACAGCGCUAGACUCUGCGUCGCUAACUUGUCGAGGUGUCGCCCCCGGGUUUUGUCCGCUCGCUCCAAGAUGUAUCUCUGGAAUGUUCUAACGGUAGCGGUUUUCUACACUUUACCGGUAAUACAACUGGUUGUUACAUAUCAAAGGUUGCUCAACCAGUCGGGCAACCAGGACCUGUGCUACUUCAACUUCCUAUGCGCCCACCCACUGCUGGCGCUGUCCGACUUCAACCACGUGUACUCCAACCUGGGCUACGUGUUGCUGGGCGCGCUGUUCGUGGCGCAGGUGUGGCGCCGACAGCGAGCUCACGAGAGAAAGACCCAGAGACAGAGGGAGCUGGGUAUCCCCCAACAUUUCGGUCUUCUGUACGCGAUGGGCAUCGCGCUGGUCAGUGAGGGUCUACUCUCCGCCGCUUACCACGUCUGCCCCAACAGUAUGAACUUCCAAUUCGACACGUCGUUCAUGUACGUGACGUCAGUGCUGUGCAUGGUGCGCCUGUACCAGGCCCGCCACGCCGACGUGAACGCGCGCGCGCACGCCACCUUCGGGGUGCUGGCGCUCAUCAUCUUCAUCGGUCUGGUUGGGGUUCUAAACGCCAACUUCUACUUUUGGGUCGCGUUCACCGCACUGCACCUCGUGACCUGCCUGGUGAUGACCUUCCAGAUAUACUACCUCGGCAGGUUCAGACUCGAUGGAGGAGUCCCCGCUCGGGCGCUCCGGGCGCUGUGUUCCCGGCCCCUGGCUGCCGUGACCCCGGCUCGAGCUGGUCGUGGAGUCCUGCUGCUGCUGGCCAACCUGGCCAACUGGGCUGUCGCCGGAUACGGGCUAUCCCAGCACAGUCGUGACUUCGCGUCCCACUUACUUCUGGUGCUGAUGAGCAACCUGUUCCUCUACACGCUGUUCUACAUCGCCAUGAAACUCCUGCACCGGGAGACCAUCGCCUGGUACAGCUGGAUCUUCAUAAUCCUCACAUACGGGGUCUGGUUCAGUUCCAGCUAUUUUUACCUGGACCUCAGCACCAAUUGGGCGCUAACGCCAGCCCAGUCGAGACAGAACAACCGAGUAUGCUCCCUACUACAGCUCUACGACUCACACGACGCGUGGCAUUUUAUGUCAGCGACGGCCAUGUUCUUCUCGUUCAACAUGUAUCUCACCAUCGAUGACAACCUCAGUAAUGUACCGAGGACUGAUAUUAUGGUGUUUUAAUGGGGUUUAUUUGGCUAUAGGAUUGAUAGGGAUGGAUAAAUUCGUAAGUGAAUGAAAAUAUGGUAGGUUAUAGGAACGAUGGUGCUC